AGUUUUUCUUUGCCGCGAUUCAGUUCGUUGUGGAUUUUCAUUCGGUAAACAAUUUGUUCACAGUUGUAGUUCGUGUGCGCUUAGAUUGAAACAUACUAAAAAAAAACAGCACACACAACAUUGACAGUGUUAUAAGACGUAAAUGUUUCGAACAUUUUGUUUAUUUUUAAUUUCAUAAUAAUCUUUUUCUUUCCUCCUUCUUGUGCAACGAUUUUUCCUUUCAUUGUCGUCUAAAUCAAUUUAUGUGAAAAAGAAGGAAACAAUUUGGACACCAAAAUAAAAAAAAAGAGACUUGAAUUAUAAAUCGUAAAACAAAAUAUCGUUAAUUUUGGUCCAAAAACAGAAGAAAAAAAUAUCAUAAACUCAACAAAGACAGAAUCGAAUGGAAUAAAAUAGAGAACGAAUCAAAAUAUUAAUCAUAUAAAAUUCGUUCCAUAAGUCGGUCAACAACUACAAAUUAUAAUUGAAAUAAGUGCACAUGUAUGUGGAAGACGGCACGACGCCACAUUCGGAUUCAUCGACGUCAUCGUGUCAAUCGUUUCGAACAAGCUACAACUACCAAAAUAUCGCAAAUAUCAGACGUUCAUGUGUGAAAUGAAAAACGUCUCAAAUUUUUCGAAAUUCUGCGCGCGCAAUAUAUUCUGUUGAGAGAGAGAGAGAGAGAGAGAGAAUAUAAUUCAUGACGAAGAGGCCACAUAUAAAGUAACUGUUUGAAACAUUGAUGCAUGUGAAGUAGCAAAUCGAAUCAAAUAUCGUCGACAUAAAAUUGUUCUGUUUAUUUUGGAUGCAGUUCAAUUGCGAUUGUGCGACGAUUGAAGCCAAUUGAUUGCUGUUAAAGCAGGCAGGCAGGCAGGCAGGCAGGCAGGCAGGCAGAUCGGCGUUUGUGAAUAAAGGCGGGAAACGGAAAUUUGAAUCGGAAAACGGCGCGCUGUGUAAGCGAAUUAAGCGCCAAUUCGAUCGGAACCAGUGUUUCUGUUGUAGCAGCAAGGAAGUGUGUGCGUAAGAAAGAGAGAGAGAGAGAGAGCAAGAGUUCGAAGGCAUUAUAAAAACGAAAUAAAAAGAUGUCAUAAUAUGGGGUUUGCGUGCAAAAGGGUGCGUCACAAAUCAAGACGAGACUGCGACCAACAAGUGCAACAUCAACACAAGCCAAACGAAGCGAAAGUCGCAUUAAUCGAAAAUUGCGUUGAUCGUUCAUCAAAUUUGAUAAUAUUGCGAAAAUUGAGCCGGCGACAACCUGCCAAAGAUCGAUUCGCCCGGCAAACAAUCAACGAAAUACUGAAUCCAACCAAUACAAUUGCAAAUUCGGCAACAAGAGAUGACGAAGAUGAUAUUGAUAGCAACCCAUUCGAAAUUAUGGACGAUGAAAAAAUGGUUGCAAGUUAUUCAAUCUCAAAAUCGAUUCCAUCAAAUCGACGUCAAUCGCUAACGCCCUUUUUGGAUCAAACGGAACACAAAAUGGAUUCGAACGAACGUCGGAUGAGUUCAUCAUCGUUGUCGACAACAAUGACGACAGCAGCAGCAGCGGCGACGGCGACAGCGAUGGCAAUGAUGACGACAACAACAACGUCGACCACGACCACAACAACAACGACAUCGACAACGAGCGAAAAAGUUCUGUGCCGUUGUGAGUGCGAAAUUCUGUCAAAUUUACGCGCAACAUUUGCUGCUUCGCUUUGGUUUGCCGGCACCAAUGCGAUUUCGCGAUUCAUUCAUAUGAUUAAUUUUAAACGAAAAACUAAUAAUAAUAAUAAUCACCAUCUUCAUCACAUUUUCACAUUGCCUCCGUCACACACCGAACUCGAAACCAUCGCACCCACCAAAACUAAAACAAAUACAACUAAUAACCAAAUGAAAACACAACAUGGACAAAGCAGCGGCGGUAGCAGCAGCAGCAGCAACUUAAAUAAAAGCGUGCACAAUAAAUGCGAUGAAAUUAAAAGUAUUUAUAAUAAAGGUCAUAACAAUAGAAGUAUUAUAACGAGUAGCCAGUGUUUUAUACGACAAUCAGUUUGUUUAUAUGCGGCAUCAGGUUUUCUAAUUGCAUUGUGCUUUUUGGCGAUACCAGCAGCAGCAUCAAUCGAUUCAUUGCAUCCAAUAUUCGCCGAGGGAAAAUCCGAUAAGGAAAUAUUAGAUCAUCUGUUAAAAAAUUCACGUUACGAUAAAAGACUUUUACCUCCAGUUGAUGAUGCCGAUUUUUGCUGUGGUAUGGAUACGCCUGAAAAAGCUAAAAAUGUAUCUGGUUGGCUACCUGGGCGCGCACAAAAUCGUGACACGUUGACUGUUAACGUUAGUGUACUUCUACUUAGCUUAGCGUCUCCGGAUGAAUCGAGUCUGAAAUAUGAAGUCGAAUUUUUAUUGCAACAACAAUGGUACGAUCCGCGACUACGUUAUGCAAAUCAAUCGCAGUAUGAAUAUUUGAAUGCGAUCCACCAUCAUGAAGAGAUAUGGUUGCCUGACACCUACUUUAUAAUGCAUGGUGAUUUUAAGGAUCCAAUUAUCCCGAUGCACUUUGCACUACGAAUUUAUCGGAACGGCACAAUAAACUAUUUGAUGAGACGACAUUUAAUUUUAUCGUGCCAAGGACGCUUGAAUAUAUUUCCAUUUGACGAUCCCUUAUGCUCAUUUGCAUUAGAAAGCAUAUCGUAUGAAUUAUCGCAUAUAACAUAUGUUUGGAAGAACGAUGAGGAUACUUUACGUAAAAGUCCAUCCUUAACAACACUUAAUGCAUAUUUAAUACAAAAUGCAACAACUACGUGCCCGAUUAAGGCUAGCUGGCGAGGUAAUUACAGUUGCCUUAAGGUUGAUCUCAUAUUCACUAGAGACCGAGCUUUUUACUUUACAACCGUAUUCAUUCCGGGCAUAAUUCUGGUUACGUCAUCAUUUAUUACAUUUUGGCUGGAGUGGAAUGCGGUUCCAGCUCGUGUUAUGAUCGGUGUAACGACAAUGUUGAAUUUUUUCACAACAUCCAAUGGUUUCAGAAGUACACUGCCUGUGGUAUCGAACUUAACGGCGAUGAAUGUAUGGGACGGUGUUUGUAUGUGUUUCAUUUACGCAUCGUUGCUUGAAUUCGUUUGCGUUAAUUAUGUUGGCCGUAAGCGUCCGUUGCACAAUGUCGUCUAUCGACCUGGCGAAAAUCCGGUGACACAGGUAAAGUCUCUUUUCAUCUAUCGCUCUCUCGAUCUAUCUAUCUCGGUCUCUCUUUCUAUGUGUUUCUCUUUCUGUUGUUUUUUUUUUUUAAAUUUUUCUAUCAAAUCUCAAAUUUACGUUCAAAAAAUCUCUUUGCUUCCGAUCGUGGAACAUUUUGUUUGUACUUAUUUCCAACGUUAUGCAACAUAUGCUUCAGGAUCUGUUGUAUUUUUGUUUUUUUCUUUCUUUAAAAAAUAACGUUACCGUAACACGAUUCACAUUGCAGUGAAUUAAAAAAAUGCAGAGCCGUGGUCGUGUUCGUGCGCCGUUUGAUGAAAAAACAUAUUAACAUCACGUCAGUGAUGGCGGCAGCGACGAUUGCGGCAAAUUUUGCAUUUGAUUUUUGCUUAUUUUUGUACCAAUGAAUGAAUCUUAUCCCUUCAUGCUUAUUAUUUAUGAUUAACAAUACUUAUACGAACAUGGAUAAGCAUUCAGCUUCUUUUUAAAUAUAUAAAACAUGUGUUUUGUAUUAAUUUAAUUUGAUUUGAUUUUGACUAUGUCGCACAUUCGCCUUGAUUUUCUUUCGUUUGUAUAAUAUAUGCUGUUGUAAAGAAAAGAAGGGGGAAACAAGGUGUAAAGACUAAGCUUGCGGUCAGAACUAACCUACCUCAAGACAUACGCAAUGCAAACACACACUUACUGGAAAUGUGACGAUAAAUAUGUUUCAGUGGGUGAGGUGAUUAUCCUCAUUCUGUGUCGGUGAUGAGGAUAAUUUAUGUGAAAUUGAGGUAGAGACGGAUUUGACAAAAUGAAAACAACAACAUGCCCAUCACACGUUGGGGUAUUUAUUUUGUUCUUUUUUGCUGGUAAAUUUUGAGAUAUUUAUAUGCAUAGGCAUCAAAACCGCCGAACGGCAAAAUGAAACAUUUUUAUAUUUGCGAUUUUACAAAGAAACUGUGUGCUUUUUCGUUUUUGAUUUCGACAAAUUCGACUAAGAAUAAGAAAAUGACACAUGCAAAAUGAAUCAGCACAACUUGAUGUAAAUAAACGUUUAAUGCUAAAAUUAUCAAAGAUAUAUGAAUAUUUGAUUGAAAUAGGAAUGCGAUAAUUCAAGACAAAUUUCUUAAAUGUGACACUUUAAUCAACCUGAGCUAGAGACGGUUUCGUUGAUGAUUUAAUCAUUUAUUUGAAACAAAAAGAAUAUCUAUAUAUAUAUAUAUAUAAAACCAAAAAAGACAUAUUUCUUCUUUUUCUACCUCUUAUAUGUGUUUGUGUGUUUCGUCCGAGCAAUCUAUCACAUUUCGUUUUAUUCAUAUUUACGUAUUUUCAUUCAGUUUAAAAGACAACAACAACAACACAACUCUUUUAGAAAAACAUAUUUUCACAGUAUCCACAUGAAAAAAACAAAAAAACAAAAAA